CCCCACCACUGGCAUUUUUCAGUUUUCCAUUUUCUAGCUUUUCUUUUUCCCGUAAAAAAUUUGAUUUGGGAACAGCGAAAUGAUGAAGCGAAAUUAAUCCAAUUUUUGGGGGCAAAAAAAUUCAUAAUCAAGUGAUCAAUUCAAAUCCAACAACGUCGUUUCAUUGUCCUCCCCCAAUUUCUCUCUCUUCAUCAAUGGCGUCUUUUUGGAAAGCCCUAGUCAAUAUUUAGCACAGUUCAGCCGCCGCCAACUGUUGUUGUUUUGUUUUUGAUGGACGAGUAUAAUUGUAAGUAUUUCAUGUUAUAUGCAUAUUUUUGUUUUGGAAUUGUAAAAUUUAAAUUGUAGCUGUAAUCCUCUGAUUGUUGGUGCUCAUUUUUGGGAGAUAUGCAUGCGGAUUGGUACUGGUUGCUUAAUAAAAUUAUGUGACUGAGCUGUCUAACUUGAGAAGUUAAUUCCUGGAGUUAGUGAUUUUGGCAAAAUUCUCUGCUGAGAAAUCUUGUUACCUAUAGAAAUAGAAAUACUUGUCGUUUAUGGUGAUUUUCUGUUUGAGAUGGAUGUAAUUUGAGCUUGUUAAAGUUCUUUGGUCUUUUCCUUUCUUCUUGACAUUGGUGGAUGAUAUUUCAUGUAUUUCUAUGUAUGUUCAGGUUUAUGGUGAUAAUAUGUUGCUAGGGAAAUUUGGACACAUGGGCAGCUUAUGAUAGUAUUUGAAGCUUGAGUAAUUGUAUUUUGUAUUUCGACCGGGGCUUGGUGGAGUUCUGGUUUUUUUUUUUUUUUUUUUUUGCUGGAAUUUGUGGGAUAUGGCUGAAGACGGCCGAAAACUUGGUGGGUUGUCCUCGGGUUUGGCUGUCGUCUUAAAGGGCGAAGAUAAAAGAGAUGGUUCUCAAAGAUCACGCCUUGUUUCGUACUGUGAUGAUUUCGGUGAGCAGUCUGUAGAAAGGACGCUCGAGCACAUCUUUGAUCUUCCGUAUAAGACCAUAAAUUCGCUGACUUGCCCUGUUAAUGCUGGAGUAGUGCGAUCUAUUAUAAAGAAUCAAUUUAGUAAGUACCAUGUGAAUUCUGGGAAUUCUGUUAAUCUAAAUAGGGAUGGGGUAUCUACCAGUGAUGAUGGCUCCGGGUCACAUGAUGUCAGGAUUGAAGAAUCGAGCAUAUGUGGUGACAUCCGAUUUACCAAACAGCCUUUGGUCUUGGAGGGUCAUUCUGUAUUCAGUAGUGUGAGGUGUGAUGCCUGCGUGUGGAAGGGAAAAUGGAUGUAUGAAGUAACUCUUGAAACUGCUGGCAUCCAGCAGAUUGGUUGGGCUACACUUUCGUGUCCAUUUACUGAUCAGUUGGGUGUUGGUGAUGGAGAAGAUUCUUAUGCAUAUGAUGGGAAAAGGGUCCGUAAAUGGAAUAAGGAAGAUGAGAGAUAUGGCCAGCCUUGGGUGGUUGGGGAUGUUAUUGGAUGCUGCAUAGAUUUGGACAGUGAUGAGAUUGGCUUCUGGAGAAAUGGCAUCUCACUUGGGGUUGCAUUCAGGGGGAUCCGUAAAAUGGUGCCUGGAUUGGGAUAUUAUCCUGCCAUUUCAUUGUCUCAAGGGGAGCGCUGUGAGCUAAAUUUUGGCACCUUCCCUUUUAGAUAUCCUGUUGACGGUUUCCUUCCUGUUCAAUCACCCCCGAAUGUGGCCGCAUACAGUCUUAAUUUACUUCGUUGCUUGUCAAGAUUGUUGGAAAUGCAGCAUGGAGAAAAGGCAGGGUUAGGGUCAGUUGAGAAAUUGAGAAGCUUAAAAAGGUUUGUCUCUUUUAAAGAACUUUUUCGUCCAGUCUCUCGCGGAAUAUGUGAGGAAUUAUUCUGUAUUCUUAGUGCUCAAAUGGGAAGUGCCGCUUAUGUAGCAAGGGGCCCACUUCUGUCAUUUAUUGUAGAAGUCUUUAAAGUGCACGCUCCUCAUAAUUAUAGGAAUUUGGAUACUGUACUUGAUUGCUUCUUAGAGAUUCCGGAAUCCAGAUUAGUUUUUGAACAUUUAAUAUCAGCCCUGUCAUCUGCAUGUAAAACAGCAUCCUGGGUCCUUCCAGAAUUUCCCUAUUCGGGCCCGUACAUUUAUCUUUCUUUGGCAUGCCAUAUUCUACGGAGGGAGGAAUUAAUGAUACUCUGGUGGUCGUCUCCGGAUUUCGAGUUUGUCUUUGAAGGUUUUCUCUCGUGGAGGAGUCCGAACAAGCAGGAUCUUCAAACUUUGAUUCCCUCUGUAUGGUGGCCUGGUUCAUCUGAGGACAUGUCCAGUGAGACUAGCAUGCUUUUGACCACCUCAGCCCUUUCAGAGGCCAUCAAUAUGGUUGAAGAGAAACAUCGUGAGCUUUGUUGCUUAGUCAUGAAAUUCAUACCACCCAGCACUCCUCCACAGCAGCCGGGAUCGGUGUUUAAGACAUUUUUACAGAAUCUUUUGCUGAAAAAUAGGGGAGCUGACCGAAAUUUGCCACCCCCAGGAGUGUCAAGCAACUCUGUGCUUGUUUCAUUGUACACAGUUAUACUUCACUUUUUAUCGGAGAGGUCUACAAUGAGAAGUAUAUGUGGUUGGAUGAAGAACUCUAGGACUGAUUGUCAAGACGUUGGUUUUCUACACCGAGGUGGUGAGCAAAGCUUUUCCGUUGGCUUAUUUCUAAGGAAUGAUCCUCAACGAGUUGACUUUACUAGACUUGGAGGAUCUUAUAGUCACCUUGCCAAUUCUUAUCCUACAAGUCGUGAACAAGAGGAACAAGUCAUCCGAUGGGAAGAAGGGUGUAUGGAUGAUGAAGAAACCAAAGCGACCCAUUUUGGUCGGCAGCAGCCAUGCUGCUGCUCUAAUGAUGAUGUUGAUUUUGCAAAAAUUUCAAAGCAUCCCAUUCGGUACAUGGCAAAAGGUGUUCGUGGUCAUUGCAAUUCCAUUCAGGAAAGGCCUGCUCAUGGGGCUGAAUGUAGUGCUGAGAAUUUGAAUGAUGAGAUAGAAGAUAAAGCAGGUACAAGUGAUCAGUCCGAAACACAGUUUGAUUAUCGUCCUGUGCAGCCGAUGAGGACUGUGCACCGGGAGAACAACAUAUCUCCAGCAACAUUAAAAGAGGAAGAACUUUUGGAUGCUAUGCUCUUGCUAUAUCACCUGGGCGUUGCACCAAAUUUUAAGCAGGCCUCAUAUUAUAUUUCUCGACAGUCUCAUUGGAUAUCUCUCCUCGAAGAAACUGAUAAACAUAUAAAAGAAAGAGCCUGUGGGGAAGAAGCAAAGAGCCUAAAGGAAGCGCGGAGUGAUUAUCGAGAAAAAGUGAUCGAUUGCGUGAGACAAUGUACCUGGUACCGUAUAUCUCUGUUUUCUCGAUGGAAGCAAAAAGGAAUGUAUGCUACAUGCAUGUGGAUCGUACAAUUGCUUCUUACUCUUAGCAAAUUCGACUCAAUCUUCAUCUAUGUUCCGGAAUAUUAUUUGGAAACUCUGGUGGAUUCUUUUCAUGUACUGCGAAAGAGCGAUCCUCCAUUUGUUCCUUCAGCAAUUUUCAUGAAGCAAGGACUUGCCUCUUUUGUUACUUUUGUUGUUAUGCACUUCAACGAUCCACGGAUAUCCAGUGCAGAUCUUAAAGAUCUUCUUCUCCAAUCGAUAUCUGUGUUGGUACAAUACAGAGAAUUUUUAGCUGUUUUUGAGCGCAAUGAAGCAGCAACACGAAUUAUGCCCAAAGCCCUCUUAUCAGCUUUUGAUAACAGAUCCUGGGUUCCUGUUACAAAUAUACUUGUGCGCCUCUGCAAAGGGUCUGGCUUUGGUGCUUCCAAGCGAGGAGAGUCAACAUCUUCAUCUAUCAUUUUCUCGAAAUUGUUGCGGGAGGCUUGCAUGCAUGAUGGGGAACUAUUCUUGGCUUUUCUCAAUCGGUUAUUCAACACUUUGAGCUGGUCGAUGACUGAAUUAUCCAUUUCAAUAAGAGAGAUGCAAGAAAUUUAUCAGCAUUCUUUUGAGGUGAUGGAGUAUCAGCAGAAGAAAUGCAGUGUUAUAUUUGACCUCUCAUGCAAUCUUGCAAGGGUGGUAGAGUUUUGUACUCAUGAUAUGCCCCAAGCAUUUCUUCUGGGGGAGGAUACAAACCUGAGAAGGCUUGCAGAAUUGAUUGUAUUUAUAAUCAGUCAGUUGACUUCUACUGCGAAUCCGGAACUGCUUGACAUGUUCAUUAGGCGUCCUGGACAAUCGCUAGACAAAGCCAAUAGAGGCAUGAUUUUGGCACCUCUAGCUGGAAUGAUUUUGAAUCUCUUGGAUGCUGGCAAAGAUGUGGGCUGUGGAGACUAUAAUGACAUUAUCCAUGUUCUUGCUAAUAUGGGUUGUGCCAAGACAGUUCGUGGUGGAUUUGACCUCCUGGAAGACAAUUGGGUUAGUAAUUUUAGCUGUGCGUUAUUCAAAGAAUCCUUUCCUUUUGUUCUUUUUAGCUCAGGAUGAUCACCUACAUUUCUUUUUGUUUUAUUUUAUUUCUAGGGGCCUCCCUACAUUUCAAUAAGUAAUAUAAGAAAUUUGAAGGACUACUUAUUUUUGGUCUUACACUUUACAUGGAUUCUGUCAUAUCUUACGGCUUAGUAGCGAUCUUUUAUUUGUGAACUUUCCAGGCUGGUUUCGUCAGGGGUGCAGAUGAAAUGAUUAAACUCGGCCAGCUAAAGAGCAUAUCAGAGCUGUUUAUUUGUGAAAAUGAGUCCCAGGGACUUGAAAAAAUGGGAAGUUCUUGGGAAAAAGAUUCUGAGGACAACAUUUGCUGCAUCUGUUAUGCAUCCCCGACAGACGCUGAAUUCUUGCCUUGUUCUCAUAGGUCUUGCUUUGGCUGCAUAUCAAGGCAUCUUCUUAACUGCCAGAGAUGCUUCUUCUGUAACACCAUCGUCACUGAAGUAAUGAGAAAAGAAGCAAGAACACAAUGAUGUCUUUGGUUCUCUGAUCAUUGCCCGGCCACCUGAGCUCAACUCUUUGUUGGAAGCUCAACGGUUAAGUUAUUGGUCAGAAAAUUUUUGUGCAAUUCCUUGAAGGAAUAUAUAGUAAAGUCAGGUAAAUCUUUAGGAGUUUUAGAAAGUAGUUUGUUCAUAGAAAUAGUAAAUUAGGAGGUCUCCAAGUUUUGUAGCAGAUGAGGGCAUCAUUUUGUACAUAUAUGAGGAAUGAACAGAAAUAUUUUUUGGUCCCGUGCAUAGUUUUUGGGUGUAUGGGAUAGGCCAAUCUGUCCUUUACAAUGACCUUUUUACCCCUAUGAAGUAUGAAUCCAUGUGUUCGUAUCUUUCCAAUCUUCCC